AUGUCAUCAGAGAAAAACGACGAUCAAAAUGGUCUUCACCGCCUUCCUGGUACUGAUGAUCAGCAGACAGGUGGUUUAAUUGUUAAAAAGAAAGCUCAAGCAAUAUCGUCUGAUGAUCAACAUGUUUUCAAAGUUCCUCAAAUUCCAUCAUCUUUUGGUCUUGAUAUAUUAGCAGCCGAAAAACGUCGUGUGCAAUCACUCGCAUCAUCAUUAUCAUCAACAACAGCAAAACGUUCUAAAACAUCAUCAUUUGACGAAGUCGAUGAUGAAAAGAACACAUCUGAUAGUAAAAAAGCAAGACAUCUACGAGAACAAAGAGUCGAUACUCCUUCAUCGACGCGAUCAUCACAUCAUGAUCUCUAUGAAAAGUCUAGAUUAGCACCUAAAACUAAGCAACGUGGUUUGGUGUACGGCAAAGAAGGAAGUAAACCAUAUCGAAAUCGUGAUAAUAAAGAUGACGAUGAUGACAAUAGAUAUGCUACACCGAAUAUUCGUGGUAGUCGAGAAUCCCCAUCAAGAGCAGCAUGGGAUGAUGAUGAUUCGGAUAAACGACGAUCUCAAUGGGAGUAUCCAAGUCCAAAUGAUAGUUAUAACCGGCAAGGCUAUCGAAAACAUCGUGAUACUGAUUAUUAUAAUAGAAAACGUAAUGAUACACCAUUACCGACACCCAGUUUUCGUAAAAGCAAACAUGAAGAGUUUGAUGAGGAUGAUCGACGUAAUUGGGAAGAAGAACAGAAACGUAUUGAUCGUGAAUGGUACAAUAAUGAAGAUGUGAUUGACGAUGAAUUGAAUCCAUUGACUAACGUUAGUGAAGAAUAUACUAAGAAGAAAGAACAAGCAUUAGAGCAACGAAAGAAAACGCGUAUGUCUGCCCAACAACGGCAAAUAAAUCAAGACAUUGAAAAAUGGGAAACAAAUCGAAUGAUUCAAAGUGGUGUUGUAACAAAAGUUAGUUAUGAACAAGAUUUUGAUGAUGAAAGUGAAAGUCGUGUACAUUUACUUGUUACCAAUCUUGUUCCACCAUUUCUUGAUGGUCGAAUCAAAUUUACUCGGCAAUUCGAACCAGUUAUUCCUGUCAAAGAUCCAACAUCAGAUAUGGCAAUUAUUUGCCGUAAAGGGUGUCAAUCGGUGCGAAAGUACCGUGAACAAAAAGAACGACGUUUAGCACAAGAAAAAUUUGAAUUAGGUGGAACAAAAUUAGGCAAUAUAUUGGGUAUAAAACGCCGCGAUCAAAAAGACGACCAGUCAGAAGAUGUUGAUUAUAAAAAAUCACAAAAAUUUGCGGCACAUAUGCAAGAAAAAAAUGAGGCUGUCUCAGACUUUGCUCAAAAAAAAACACUUGAUGAGCAAAGAAAAUUUUUACCAAUUUAUGCUAUUAGAGAAGAUCUGUUAAAAAUUAUAAGAGAAAACAGCAUUAUCAUAUGUGUUGGAGAAACUGGAUCAGGAAAAACAACACAAAUGACUCAAGUAAGUUUUGAAGAAACAAAUUUAUUUACUUUUAAAUCAAGUAAAUAA